ACUUCCCGGGCCCCGCGCCGGCGCACUGGCCAGAGGAGCCGGAGCUCUGUGGCUGUAGCGGCGGCGGCGGCAGGGGGGGAAAUGGCGGCCGUGGUGCUGGUGUCGGUGGAGAGCGGCUUGGGGGUGAUGCCGGGCGGGAGCCCGGCUGCGUGUGGGGCUCCCGCGGGUCCCUCUGCGCCGGGUUCGUGGAGCCGGGCCCUGGACCGGGCCCUGGAGGAGGCGGCGGUGAGCGGGUCGCUGAGCCUGAGCGGCAGGAAGCUGCGGGACUAUCCGCGGGGCAGCGCCGCCAACCACGACCUGAGCGACACCACCCAGGCCGAUUUGUCACGGAACAGACUCUCGGAGCUCCCUGCAGAAGCUUGUCAUUUUGUUUCUCUUGAGAGCCUUAACUUGUACCAGAACUGCAUUCGUUAUAUCCCAGAGGCCAUCCUGAACCUACAGUCUUUAACAUUUCUAAAUAUCAGUCGAAACCAGCUUUCAACAUUGCCAGUACACAUGUGUAGUCUACCGUUGAAAGUUUUGAUAGCAAGUAAUAAUAAGUUGGUCUCACUUCCUGAAGAAAUUGGACAGCUCAGACACCUGACAGAGCUUGACGUGAGCUGUAAUGAAAUACAGACAAUACCUCCACAGAUUGGCAGUCUGGAGUCUUUGCGUGACCUGAACAUUAGGAGAAAUCAUUUGGUGCAUUUACCUGAAGAACUUGCAGAAUUGUCUUUGAUUCGAUUAGAUUUCUCCUGCAAUAAAAUCACAACAAUCCCUGUUUGUUAUCGGAACCUCAGGCAUCUUCAGACAAUCACACUAGAUAACAACCCUCUACAGUCACCCCCUGCACAGAUAUGCAUAAAAGGAAAAAUCCACAUAUUUAAAUACCUGAACAUAGAAGCGUGCAAGAUAGCUCCAGACUUGCCUGAUUAUGAUAGGAGGCCCAUGGGAUUUGGCUCUUGCCAUGAGGAACUGUACUCCAGUCGUCCCUAUGGAGCACUAGAUUCUGGUUUCAAUAGUGUGGACAGCGGAGACAAAAGAUGGUCAGGGAAUGAACCUACAGAUGAGUUCUCAGACCUCCCUCUGCGAGUGGCAGAGAUCACAAAAGAGCAGAGACUGCGAAGAGAGAGAGAGUACCAGGAAAACCGAGGGAGCACUGUUGUAACUAAUGGUGGAGUGGAACAUGAUCUGGAUCAGAUUGACUAUAUUGAUAGCUGUGCCACUGAAGAGGAAGAGGAAGAGGUGAGGCAACCCAAGUGCAUGGAGUCAGAGAGCCUCAGCUCACAAUUCAUGGCAUAUAUUGAACAACGGCGAAUCUCUCAUGAGGGCUCACCAGUAAAGCCAGUACCCAUCAGAGAUUUUCAGAGAACAGAAGAUACAAGACGAUACUUGCAUCAAAAUAGGGAUACUGAUGAAUUACGAAGACCAGAAACACUAAGCUUGAUGCAGGACAGAGAGCGACACCAAGGACAAAGGAGUUAUGUGGACAAGGCAGAGAGAGCCCCAGGUGAUUCAUCUUACCUUCUGUCUCUGUCCAACAACCACAAUCAGAUCUCUCAUACAGACAUUGAACUUCACCGAAGGCGAGAGCACGUAGUGGAGCAUACUCGGAGAGAAGCCCAGCUUGCAGCACUUCAGUAUGAGGAGGACAGGAUGAGGACGAAACAGAUCCAGAGGGAAGCUGUGCUUGACUUUGUCAAACAAAAGGCAUCCCAGAGUCCUCAGAAGCAAAGUCCUUUGGAUAGUGAGUGUCCUUUUCCAUCCAGAAGGUCUCAGCACACUGAUGAUAGUGCCUUGUUAGUGAGUGAUGACAGAUCUACUAUUUCACCAGGUUCACCUACUACUCAAACAGUCCAUCUUUCCUCUCUGUAUCCUGGCACUGCCGCUCCUCCUUCCUAUAGAAACCCUUCCCAGCGACCUGAGAGUUUCCUUUUCCGAGCAGCUGUAAGGAUGAAAUUAACAAGAGCUGUUGCUUCAUCUCCCUCUUCUGCCUCAUGUCCUCCUCAUGAUUCUACAGACCCUAGAGCAAGGCAGAACUCCAAGCAACGUGAGGAAGAGUUGGAGCUAAUAGAGCAACUGCGGAAGAAUAUUGAGUCACGGUUAAAAGUGCCUUUGCCCAGUGAUCUUGGAGCAGCUCUUACUGAUGGAGUUGUUCUCUGCCACUUAGCCAAUCAUGUGUGGCCUCGAUCUGUUCCCAGCAUCCAUGUCCCCUCUCCUGCUGUACCUAAGCUAACAAUGGCAAAAUGCAGACGAAAUGUGGAGAAUUUCCUGGAAGCUUGCAGAAAGAUUGGUGUGCCUCAGGAGCGAUUAUGUUUGCCUCUGCAUAUUUUAGAAGAGAAAGGUUUGACACAGGUAGCAGUGACAGUCCACGCACUUCUGGAGCUUGCACCCCCAAAGCAGCAACAUCACCACUUGUCUGCUGCGUAAAGAUCUCCAGGACCUUUUGGUUUCCCUUGGCUAAGCAGAAGAACAUGAAGACUUUACUGCUGAUGCAGUGUAUCCAAACACACAGAGCUCUGUUCUAAGAAGGAAAUUAGCUUCUGUGAUUCCUGACAGGAAUGUUUUGCUUCAUUUCUCCACUUUUUUUGGAGAUCACACCAGUUUCCAUUUAAUUUUUUACCAAUAUUUUUUCUCAUUUAUAAAGUGAGGUUUUUUCUUGGGGAAAAUUCCUUUCUCUGGUUGUUUAGAAGCAUCUGUUAAAACUGACUAUGUAGAUUCAGGGGAUUUAUAUAUACAGUCUGAAAAGCUGUAAGAUUCCUACUAGGAUGUAUUUCCAAAGGGGAUGUUUCCAUUGCGACACAAUGAUGGAGACUGCUUGUCCUCCCUAUGAGUCCCAGAGAGAGUUUUCCCUGCUUCUAAGAAACGCCAGCUCUUUCCAUUGCAUAUAAAGAUUGUGUUUUGAAGCUGAUGAUACUCAGUUUUUCAAAGCAAGACUGAAACUGAUUCUUUAAUCUGGGUUGACAUGUCCUCAAUAUUAAAAAUAUAUAUAUAGUGCUGUUGUUUUUUUUUUUUUUCCAGGGAAAACAUACUGCUUGUUACCUCCAAAAGGAACACACAUUUCAGUGAAAGAUACUAAACCAUAACUGUUCAAAUAUUUUUAUUAAAUCAAAAUAUUUGCUGGCUUUAAGCUUCGGUUGGUUAUAAAUCUAUCUUUGUAUUGGAAUCUUUCCCACUUCAGUGGGAAACAUCUUAUCACCCUUCAUGCCCUCACCUACCCAUCAUGGGGACUCGGUUAGUAAAUGGUAAUGUUAAAUUGGCCUAUGGCUUGUAUUGCUGCAAUAAUGAUUGAAGAUUUUCCUAUGAAGAAUCAUGUACCUAUUUUCAAUCCACUGCAAAUAAUCAUGAGCUAUCAAACCAUCCAUUAGAGAUCUGUUAUCCAAUUAUGUUUUCAAUUGAAAACAACACACAGCCACUCCCUUACACCAGUGAAGACUCCAGUUAUGUAGGAACAAAUCAUUGUAGGAAAGAAUGAGAUUAUUGAAUUCCCAGAGUCGUUCUGUGUGUUAGCUCUGCUUUCAAAGUGCCAGUCUUUUGCAAAAGGAAAUUUCUGUGGCGGGGUUUGACAGAAUGUGUUAAUAAAGCAUGUUUUCUAGUAGUUCAGACAGUGGUAUAAACUGCCUUUGUCCCCUCCGCCUACCUCCUUUUCCCCAAAAAGUGGACAUUCAAAAUAUGUGAACAGGAAACUGAAAAUAAGGUAUGUAUGUUACUUUAAAGGUGACUGGCAAAGUCCAGACUUCCUGGCUGCGUUGGCCUCCCUGAUGAGGCUGGGUCACAUCCAGCUCUGCAGUAACUUAAUUUUUUAUAUAUAGUAAUGUUUUAAAAAUCCUUUUCUCCCACAGUAAAAUCCUCUUGAUAUUUCCUGGGGUAUUCCAGAAGACACUUCUGCCAUUAUCAUGGAUUGCACAGGGUGUGAAUGAGACUUCUGGUAUUUGUGGUGUUCCAUUCUGGGGUAUUGUUAGUGAACCAGUAAUACCAAGAGGUUUUCAGAAGGGAUGAAGUGAGCAGAAGAAAUGGAAAAAAGGUUAGUUAAAAGUUUUCUUUGCUGUAAUAAGCCUGGUCAUGGGAACACUUAAGCACAGAAGUCUGGGCUUAGCUGAAUUUUCCCUUUGAAUUUGUCAUUCCAUUCUCACCCUGAUUUGUUUGCCUAAUAAUUAUUUCAUGGUAGCUUGUGGUAACUGUUGUCCCAACGAUUUCGCAUAAGGACUUAUUUUGCUUCAUAUUGAUGUUGACACCACUGAUCACACCAUAGGUCUAGAAAAACACAUGAAGGAUAUUUAAAACUAGAGUCGCACAGUUGAUAAGAGAAAAUAUUUUCAUAAUGUGUAAGUGGCUGUCUUGGUUUCUGGAAGAUCUGAGUAUGCCAGUAACAUGCAUCAUAAAAAGGAAGAGUGCAGCUCUGUACAGGUACACCUUCCCCCAGCAAAUGGUGUAGACUGUGUUUCGCAGCACCUUGUUCCAGGUGAAGGCUUGCAAUGGACAGAGCUGGUCCUUGAAGGAUUAUGUGGCAGUGAAAGGAGAAUUUUUUUUUACUGCAAUCUCUGCCAUUUGUUGAAUGGGGGAUGUAGAUUUCUGGCAUCUCACUGCUGACACUAUAGACUAGUGGUUCCCAAACUUUCUCAUGAUCUCCCCCACCCCAUCUCCUGAAGCAGUGGUGCCAGUUCAGCUAUUUCUUGGGAGGAGGGCAAAUUUUUUCAACCCCGUGCUGCCCCACAGCCAGCCCUACUCUCCCCCACCCACUCCCCAGGGUACCUUGGAGGGAGUUGUCAUUGCAUUGUAGAACAGGCAGAGCACACGGCCUGGGCACCCUGCCCCAUCAGUGGUGGGAGCACAGACUCUCUGUCCCUCCUCGGUACUGCAGCUCCCUGCUAGGCUGGGGGGCUCAUUUCAGCACCACCACCCGUUGGAUUCUUCUGCCAGCAGCAGAGACCAGCCUCUCUGCAGCCAGCUCCAUGUACCCCAGGAUGGAACCAUCAGCAACUCCCCUGCCUCCCCUCCCUGCUGGCUCGAGGCUUCCAGCAACGCCAAGUGGAGAUGCCAUGGGUUCUUGCUGGAGGGCCCAGCAGGCAGAGCGGGACUGGAUACCACGCAUGUCCCCUCCAGAGCCCCUGCCUCCCUCAUGCUGCUCCUUACCCCUCUUCCCUGAUGGCUCAAAAUCUUGCAACCUCCUGCGGGUUUUGACCCCCAGUUUGGGAAACUGAUAUAGACAAUUCUGCCAUAGACCAUAAAUGUUUCCUUAUGGGUUGUCUACAAAUCAUUGUCAAAGGGGAGUAACAAAUUAAUCUGAAUUCUCGGUACUAGAUACUUUUUAUUCUCUGUACUUGGGUAUUAGGUUUUGUUUAAUAGAUCGAAAGGAGGAUGCAAUAUUUAGAUUUAUCCACUGUAAGAAAUCUGUUAAACUUAAUGUGGAAUUGUGAGAGUCUGUUGUUUGCUCCAGCCUAGCUUCCCAGACUUACGGAAACUGACCGUAACAGCAUUCAUGUUGGUAGAAGCUGGACAUGUCAUAAAUGUUAAUUUUUGGAAAACUAACAAUUUGGAGUUUGAGUCUGACUUUCAAUAAAUGGCCACUUCUCUGUUGUAAAAUCAGCCACUGUUGCACACAAAUGUGUGUAGCCGAAUUUUACAUCAGCAACUAUGCUUGUAUGCCUGGUCAGGUGUAUGCUCCUAUUUCCUUUACAGUUCUAAACAAACAUUUCCCUCUAGCAAGUACACAUUUGUGUGGUCAUGUUAGUUUGACUCUUUAAUUUUGUGUUUUCGUGCUGGCAAACGCUAAACGUUGACCAGACAUUGAGGAUGAAAAUCCAAAUCUGAAAUGUCAAGAUACGGUUUAUUCUUGAUGUAUUAUACUAAAAAACACUUCUGUUUUCUGUUGUAAUGAAAUGGGAUGGGAUUUUUUGGUAUAUUUAUGUGCACUUUUUGUUAUAGCCAGUUAAAAAAUAUUUUAAAGAAAACACAUUGGAUUUCAUUUUGUGUGCUAAAGCUAGUAUUAAUUGUAGUCUUUUCCUUUUGGGGCCUUUGUGUUGGGGAAAAAUCCAUUUCAGAGUGAAGCAUUUGCUAGUAUGUUUAUGUUCCUUACACACCUUGUUGAGCACUGAAGAAAAUUGAGGAUCGAUAAUGUUACGAAAUAGAAAUUGAAGUGGCACUGGCACUUAAUGGUCCUUGAUGGUGUUGGAAUGAUCUGGUCAGGAAAUAGGGGAUUUUGAUUUCUCCUUCUUCAGAACUAGUGACAGGGGAAACUUGUUAGGAAAGCCCCUUCCUUGCUGGUUUAUUAAAUUCUAGACAACAUUUUACAGCACUGAGAACAAUUCUGUUGCUCUUAGCAGUAACGUGAUAACUGGUGAUGUUUUGAAUCCUUUUAUGACUUUAAAUGGACAUCUUUGACAUUUUUGUUUUAGAAGCAGAGGAAUUCUAAGGUGGAUUUAAACAUUUAAAAAAAAUCUUUUGUAUAGAUAUUCUGUUUUACAAACAAUCUAAUUUUGUUUCUGAAAACCUUGUAAACGUGUAAUUAAUAGAGUAAAGGAUUUUUUAAAGCUCCCACCUAUACUUGUAUGUCUGUAAAUACAUUCCAUAAUUUCUAAGACUGUUAAGUAUAAAUAUGCCAGAAUAUUGUGUACUUUAUUUUAAAUUGCCUGUAUGCUGUUAGUUGAACUUCUAGCACACUGAUAAUAUAAAACCAAAUACUUGGGUAAUUUGAAAUAAAGUUUUAAAAUCUA